AUGCAGUUAUUACUUUUAUGGUCCCUGUUAGGAUUACUUGUGACCAAAAUAAGUGCAGCUACCACAACUAUUUCAGCACCAACAACUUUGUCUGGUGAUCAAACAUUUUCCGAUGAUAUCGUAAUUGAGUCAGGUGCUACUCUUGCAUUAGUAUCUGGUUCAUCAUAUUCCUUCAAUGGUAAUAUUAACGUUAAAGGUUCUUUAGAUAUCAUCGGUGAUUCAACAAACGGGUUAACUAGUCUACAAUUUGGUUCUACUACAACUAUUACAAACAGUGGGAACAUCAACAUCGAAAAUAUUAAAUCAACAGGUUCUGCCAGUGAUUUUGUUAUUGCACCUGCAAGUAUUGAUAACUCUGGUAUAUUUACUGUUUCACAAUUAAAUGCUGCUGCUACUAUACCAGGUACUAAUUUUACUAUAGCUCCAACCGGUUCCUUCAUUAACACAGGUACUAUUGAUUAUGAUACUGCUGAUAAAGGUGGGACCACAAACGGGUUCCUUUACCUUGGUGCUAUAACAAAUAAUGGUGUUAUAAAGUCUGGUGGGUUUGCUGGCUUAAUAAAUGAAGCAUCUUAUUUGAUCCCUAGUAGAUAUGAUAUGAAAGGUAUCAUUUUCAAUAAUCCUAUAGAAGGUCAAGGUGAAGUUACUGGUAAUCAGGGGUCAAUUGUUCUUAUUAACACAAAUAAUAUUGGAGAACAAACCUUCAAUGUUUACAAGGGUAUGUAUAUUAUUAAUCCAAAAAUUGUACCAAGCUCACUUAUAGUCAAGAAUUCAAUCGAGUCUAUGAUUGUAUUCUUAGGUGUUGACUAUUAUCCAUGGUAUGCUAAAAAUUUUAACACCUUACCAGGAUCUCUACAAAUUAAUUUUGCAAUAGAUGGUCACCGUUACUGGUUCAACACAAGUUGUGAUGGUGGUUGGCAAACGCAAAAUAAUCCAUUUGUUGUUACUCCAUCUGAUCCUCAAUAUCAAAUUGGUGGUACCUUUAUAUAUAUACAGCAAUUUUAUUAUUUUCCAAACUGUGCAUGGAUAUCUGAACCAAUUACAAAGACAACAACUGUUACUACUGAGGGUUCUAUUACUGAAGCUACUACUAUUUCAACAGUAACAACAUCUACAACUAACCAGUACGGAUAUACUGUCACUGAAAUUAUCUAUGAUGUUGCUGUACCUGCAGAAUCUACUGUGUAUACCACCACCACCGGUACAGUCAGUGUUCCAACCACAUCGACCUUCACAACUGUAGUCACCAACAGCAACGGUUCCUCCUCUACUGAAGUUGUUGUUGUUGUGAUCACCCCAGCUCCAUCUACCUUAUCCACUACCACCACUGGUGCAGUCACUGUUCCAACUACCUCUACUUUCACAACUGUAGUCACCAACAGCAAUGGUUCAUCUUCUACUGAAGUUGUUGUUGUUGUGAUCACCCCAGCUCCAUCUACCUUAUCCACUACUACAACUGGUGCAGUCACUGUUCCAACCACAUCGACCUUCACAACUGUAGUCACCAACAGCAAUGGUUCAUCUUCUACUGAAGUUGUUGUUGUUGUGAUCACCCCAGCUCCAUCUACCUUAUCCACUACUACAACUGGUGCAGUCACUGUUCCAACCACAUCGACCUUCACAACUGUAGUCACCAACAGCAACGGUUCCUCCUCUACUGAAGUUGUUGUUGUUGUGAUCACCCCAGCUCCAUCUACCUUAUCCACUACCACCACUGGUGCAGUCACUGUUCCAACUACCUCUACUUUCACAACUGUAGUCACCAACAGCAAUGGUUCAUCUUCUACUGAAGUUGUUGUUGUUGUUGUGAUCACCCCAGCUCCAUCUACCUUAUCCACUACUACAACUGGUGCAGUCACUGUUCCAACCACAUCGACCUUCACAACUGUAGUCACCAACAGCAACGGUUCCUCCUCUACUGAAGUUGUUGUUGUUGUGAUCACCCCAGCUCCAUCUACCUUAUCCACUACCACCACUGGUGCAGUCACUGUUCCAACUACCUCUACUUUCACAACUGUAGUCACCAACAGCAAUGGUUCAUCUUCUACUGAAGUUGUUGUUGUUGUGAUCACCCCAGCUCCAUCUACCUUAUCCACUACUACAACUGGUGCAGUCACUGUUCCAACCACAUCGACCUUCACAACUGUAGUCACCAACAGCAACGGUUCCUCCUCUACUGAAGUUGUUGUUGUUGUGAUCACCCCAGCUCCAUCUACCUUAUCCACUACUACAACUGGUGCAGUCACUGUUCCAACCACAUCGACCUUCACAACUGUAGUCACCAACAGCAACGGUUCCUCCUCUACUGAAGUUGUUGUUGUUGUGAUCACCCCAGCUCCAUCUACCUUAUCCACUACUACAACUGGUGCAGUCACUGUUCCAACCACAUCGACCUUCACAACUGUAGUCACCAACAGCAACGGUUCCUCCUCUACUGAAGUUGUUGUUGUUGUGAUCACCCCAGCUCCAUCUAAUAGCUUCAUGUCAUCAUCAAUUUCUAUAUCAUCUCCUCUCUACAAAAACUCCACUAUUUCUAGUGAAAAGCCUGGACCUAUUUUGACUGACACUUUAGUUGUUUUGACUACAGUUGUUAAUGGAGUUACUAUUACUACAACUUAUUGUCCAGAACCAUCUGCAACUUCUGAAAUAAGUAUGACUACUAUCAUUGGGCAUAGUUCUAUUGAACUAGUUUAUUCAAAGAACCAACAAGAAGAGACUAACUCAUUUACUACUGCUACAAAUGUAACUCCAGCUGCUUCUAUUGUUUCCGCUACUAUUGGUUCAGCAUUUGCCAACGGUGAAAAUCAACUAACAUCUAAAAACUCCAGAGCAUCUACGACAGUUGUUAUUGAAUCCACAAAGGAUAAGGAAGACGUUACUUCAGAAACUGGUACUGUUGUCGGUACUGUCGAAUCUAGAAAACCAGAAACAUCACCAACCACAAUGGUACCACAAGUUUCCCAAUAUAUUCCUGAGCAAUUAUCCUCAUCAUCGACUGGUGUUACAGUAUCUCAUGAAGGUGUACCUUCUCUUGUGUCAUAUGAAGGUAAGGGUGGUACUAUGUACGUGAAAUGGAGUAUAUCCCAUUGCAUUGGUUUAUUAUUAUUCAUGGUAAUUUAA